AAAACCAAGCAAAAAAAAAACCAAGCAAAAAAAAAACAAACAAAAAACCAAAAACCCAAACCAUGUCUCAGGCGAGAGGCAAGAAGAGAAACCCGGGGCUGAAAAUUCCUAAGGAAGCAUUUGAGCAACCACAGACAAGCUCCACGCCGCCUAGAGAUUUAGACUCCAAAGCCUGCAUCUCUAUUGGGGAGAAGAACUUUGAAGUCAAGGCCGAUGAUCUCGAGCCGAUCUCCGAGCUGGGACGAGGCGCAUACGGGGUGGUGGAGAAGAUGAGGCACAUGCCCAGCGGGCAGAUCAUGGCGGUAAAGAGGAUCCGAGCCACAGUGAAUAGCCAGGAGCAGAAGAGGUUACUGAUGGACCUGGACAUCUCCAUGAGGACGGUAGACUGCCCCUUCACUGUCACCUUCUAUGGGGCUCUCUUUCGAGAGGGAGACGUGUGGAUCUGCAUGGAGCUGAUGGACACCUCACUGGACAAAUUCUACAAACACGUCAUUGACAAAGGCCUGACGAUUCCAGAAGACAUCCUGGGGAAAAUAGCAGUCUCCAUUGUAAAAGCGCUUGAACACCUACAUAGCAAACUCUCCGUAAUCCACAGAGAUGUAAAGCCAUCUAACGUGUUGAUCAAUGCACUGGGGCAGGUGAAAAUGUGUGAUUUUGGAAUUAGCGGUUACCUCGUUGACUCUGUUGCUAAAACCAUGGAUGCAGGAUGCAAACCUUACAUGGCGCCUGAAAGAAUAAACCCUGAACUGAACCAGAAAGGCUACAGCGUCAAAUCAGAUAUCUGGAGCCUGGGAAUCACUAUGAUCGAGCUGGCAAUCCUGAGGUUUCCAUACGACUCGUGGGGGACACCGUUCCAGCAGCUCAAGCAGGUGGUGGAGGAGCCUUCACCCCAGCUCCCGGCAGACAAGUUCUCUGCAGAGUUCGUUGAUUUUACCUCGCAGUGCUUAAAGAAGAAUUCCAAAGAACGGCCAACGUACCCCGAGCUUAUGCAACAUCCUUUCUUCGCCCUGCACGAAUCCAAAGAGACAGACGUCGCCUCUUUCGUCAAACUCAUCCUGGGAGACUGAGGAGCGGAGCAGCACACGCUUCUGCCCUUCCUUGGACCGGUGGGUCUAUGGGGAGGGGGCGCGCGGCGGGGCUCUGCCAUGACAGCACCAAGAGAAAGUCGCCAGUUUUCUUUUUAACAGCAAAAACCCGCCUCUCCCAAGUUUUUAAAGGGUUCUUUGGUAUCCA